AUGACGGCUGGCCUGGGUGUCAUUGCCAGGUCAGCAGGGGACAUUGGCUUUGGUUUUGGAUUUGUCUUGGCUACUUGGUCAUAUUCCCGGUCAUCUACCCAGCCACUUCCUGGAAGGAUGAUUAACCCUCCAUGUCUCGUGGUUCAAUCACACACGGAAACGGCAAUUUUUGAAAUCGCUGAUAACAUGUUUACUUCUCAUGUAAACGCGCUCGCUGUCGUCUGGCGCUGCUCUCCGGUUCUCCCGGGGUACGUUGGGCGGGGGCCUGAAGCCCGGGACUGGGAAACAGAAAAUACGGGAAUUUUGGAGACUGAGGCCGUUUCAAAGGCGUUGGAGUUGACUCUCAUCACCUUCGAGCGGGGGAUGUGGCGGCCGAAGGCCCACCAUAAGGUUACUGUCUUUACGGACUCUCUCAAUGUACACCGGCGGGCACGGAAAUGCCGGGAGCGAGACUUACUGAUGCUCUGUAGCAGGAGCAUCCAGCUCUUCAAUAUCGGGGCAGAGGUCGAGGUUCGGCAUUGUCCCGGUCACUAUGGCGUCCUUGAGAACGAGGUCGCCUAUGAGAUUGCGGGGACCGCGGCCAGUUAUAUCGUUGCGGACAAAAAUUCGGCUUUCGCUCCUGUCGAGAACCCCGAUCACCUUCCACGCCCGGCAUGGACUGCACGGAGAGAGCGAGAGCUCGAAGAAGAGGCAAUUCGUUUCCAAUGGCCAAGGUCCCUAUUGCCAGACCACUAG